UUAUAUUUCAUAUCUUUUAAAUGAUUGUGAUAUUUUUCCGAAUGGUCGACAUUAUAUUCGUUCUUUAUGUAUAAUUUCGAUUGAAGAAUUGUCAAUAAAAUUAAACAGGUUGAUAAACUAUACAUAAAAUAAAAAUAAAAAUAAUAAAAUAUAAACAUUCCGGCCAAUGACCGGGUUAUAAACUAGUAUCAAAGUGUUUUCAGGACUCGAGGAAUGAAAUUGAUGGAUGGAAAAAUGUCAUAAUCAUCUUGUAUUGAAGGUAAUUUGAUUUGGAAGUCGGUCACAUCAAUUACCGUAGGGUACCUCUAGGCUUCAUCAUGAGUUCAUGACCCAACCAAUCGACACACCCACUCAGUGGCGGACUCAGAAAUUUUUCAUAGGAGUGUCCUCUUUUAAAAAACAAAUUUAGUAAAAUUAAAAAUAAAAUAAUUAAUAAAAAUAAAAUUGUAAAUUAGAAAAUACCUUACUCGUACAGGUUAAAAAAGUCAAUUAUGUGUUUUCAUAUUCUGAAAUAAUUGUAGAAUACACUUGGUGCCUAGAGUGUUAAAAAAUUGUCUCUAUAUACUCUACUAGACAAUCAUUCACGAACUUAUCACAUAUUCGAUUUGUAAACUUGUUCUUGAUGUAACCCAAAGCUGAAAAAAUCUUUCAACACUUGUUGUACAACCAUAAAAUCAAUACAAAUUAAGGGUAGGUUGAAAUUAGUUUAAUUGCUAUGUUUUGAAAAUAAUUAGAAAUAGAGAAUGAUAUUUUACUAUGAUACAGUGUUCAAAAUCAAACAACAAAUGAUUUGUAGUUUAAUGGAAAUUAAGUUUGUUAAUAAUAAUAGUGCUCUAGGUUUGAAUUGCCCAACCUAUCACUUAUAUUCUCAUACACAAAUUUAAAAAAUGACAUUAGAAUAAUCAUUUUUUCAAAUUUCAGGAGUGUCCCUCACUACCAAUUAUAAAUUUUUUAUCCAUACGUAAAUUACUAUCGUGGAUUGAAUAAUCAUUUCCCAAAAUUUAGAAGGUGUUCCAGGACAUCCCUAAACCUCCGUGCGUCUGCCCUGCACCCACUUGCCAAUUUUUCGGUCAGUUUUCGGGUCCAAAUCCAGCGGGUGAACCCAACCCUAAUAUUAUAAUCUGCCAGUGCCAGCAGUGAGUGAGCAUAACUAAUACCAACACGAUGAUGCAUGCCGUUUCACGGUUUCAACAAAGGUAAACGCAACUGCAAGCGGGGACCGGCCGGCAAGAUCAGCAUGUUUCUUCCAUAUAGACAUAGGCACAAUAGUUGGAGCUAAUAUAUCGAAGUCCAAUUAUCUACUUAUGUACAUGCACGCGCUUUGUCCCUGCACAAGAUACACAACGGAGUUGGUUACCUUACGUUCUCUAAUCCAUAUAUCCCUCCAACCUCCAAGCACUAUAAAGAGGGUAAUCAGAACAUAACAUGAUUUCAUAUAAUCGCUACCACAGAAAGAGAUCAUUAAUUGUUACUAGCUAGCUAGCUACCCUCUUUGAUUCCUUCGUCACAACCACAAUGUUGGGAUCCAUGGUGACUUCGUCAGUCCUCCUCCUCUUGCUGUUGCUGCUACAGCCACUUCCGGCGACCUCCGACGACGGCCAGGGCGGCAGUGUUAAUUGACUACAUGGGUGCAGCAAACCUGGAGAAUUUGGCUGUGAGGAAAACCCUUCUCAACUCCCUACUCCAAGGGGUCGUUUGGAUUAAGACGGCGGACACGGACGGCGGAUCUGGAUUCGGAUACGGCGAACAAGAAUUGGUCGACGAUGAGCUUGUUGUCGUCAUGAUCGAGAGGUUUGGGGUUGUAGCAAUGCCGCCCUACUCCUUUGCGUGGUCUCGGAGGCGGUGGUGGGGCAGGGAGCCGUCGUCGAGGUUGUGAAGGUUUCCGAUUAUGGGCAGCUUUGUGGAUCCCGGAGGCGGAGUCCGGCGAGGCUGCAACGGCGGUGGAGGGGUUUGAUUGCGGUGGAAUUUGAGAAGGAGGAAGGGGACGAGGAAGAGAAGAGAGGAGAAGAUGGCUGGGUACGAGUUGGGUGACGUCGAAGAAGAUUAGGGAUCUGGAGAGGUGAUAGCAGCAGGGGCACGUUUGGCAGAAACAAAAACCUUGGGCCGGAUUUGAAAAUACUUGUUUGUGCCGAAUUUAAAAUUCCUGGUAGCCCAAAUCCUGCGGUUUUUUUUUAUAGUUAUCCAAACAAAGAAAUGGGUUAAAAUCCGGGACGGGCCCGGAAUUGGGCCAAAUCUCUCACCUUAUUACUGGAUCCAAACGACCCCCAAAGGUGAUUGAUUUACUUUGUUUUCUUCUUCAAAGGCGAUUUCUCCACGAAAGAAGCGCCCAUUUAGCGACUUGGUCCGCCGUAGCCAGGAGGAACUCGUUUCCUCCAUUGUCGGUUCUUAUUGGAUUAAUUCCCUAAAUACAGUAAUAAUUAAAAAUAAUUUCCAGAAUACAUAAAUUUUAAAAAACAUUCCCAAACUACCAAAGUUUGACACAGUUCGAGUUCACCAAACUCGAACUAGUACCGGAUCGACUGGCAAAAAAACGAUCCACGUGCAUCGAGGAUGGGAAACUCGAACUGCAUGACCUGGAUCGAUGACCUGUGCAGUGCUCCACCCUUGAUCGAUGUACCAGGAAGCGAUCACGGUCGUUCGAUUUCUCAACCAGCGAAGCAGUGAUGACCCGGAUCGAGUGCGGUAAACUCGAGGUAAGUGGAUCGAGUCAUCUUUAAUCGAUCUGAUUGACGCGGAUCGAUGACGUCAGGCGCGCCCUACCAUUGAUCGAGUGGUCUAAACUCGAUCUAGGUCGUUCGAUUGUCAAAUCCGCGAAGCAGGGAUGACGCGGAUCGAGUCGGUAAAACUCGAUGUAGUGGAUCGAUUUUCCUUUAAUCGAUCUCUUUGACACGGAUCGCUGAUGUCAGGCUCGAUCUACCGUUGAUCGAUUACCCUAACCUCGAUCUGGGUCGUUCGAUGCGCCUAACCACGAACUGCUUUUGACGCGGAUCGAGUGCCCAAAAAUCGUAGCACUAGUUCGAGUUUUGUAAACUUGAUCCACUCUCCCACAAAACCUAUAAAUACCCCUCCCCCAUUCCACCAAAACUCACACCACUCCAUUCUUCUUCCUCUCUUCCUCCCACCUCUCUUGAAGAAAAAAAUAUGCUCUGUGGUUGCGGCUAAGCCCUAUCUUCCGCAUCAGAUUUUUUUUCUUUAGUUUGGUACUUCAAUCACUCAAAAUUGUCGAGAUGGAUCCGAGUAUUUACGAUCCUAGAUUAUACAUUCAAGGUGGACCGCGAGAAACCGAUUUGUUGGACGAGCAACCUUACCAUCGGUCUAAAGUGUUUGGGCGGCAGAUCCGGUAGGCACUUCCUCAUGUACUUUUUUUUUAAAUGUGAUAGUAUUCAUCUAAUUUUUUUGUAUAAUAAUUAAUAUUUUUUUUUCUACAGGAACAACUUGACGUAAUCACCCAUCGGUCGCUAUCUCGCUUGCCUAAAUGAGAUGAUCGUAUCGAGCCCUUCAUUGAAAGAGCGCGAUUGCUGAGGGUGCGAAAGUUUGUGGGGAUGGAGAUGGACAACAACCUUCUUACGGCAAUGGUGGAAAGAUGGAGAAAAGAAACGCACACAUUCCACCUUCUAGAGGGAGAGAUGACGAUUACGUUGAAGAACGUAGCCAUGUUGACAGAGCUUCCAAUCGAUGGUGAUGCAAUAAUAGAAAGUUCACACAAACCAUUGAAUGGUUGGGGCCAAUUUAUAAGCGAGCGUUUAGGUAUCAACAUCCCAGAGGAAGCACAAGAAGGUCGUCGUGUACCACCUCUACACAAGUCUAUGCUAUUGAUACCUUGGCUAGUGAGGACCGUUGGGGAAUUACCGGAGGAUGCCACAGAUGCUCAGAUAGAGAGGUAUGCUCGCAUCUACCUUAUUUGUUUGGUUGGAGGAUUUUUGUUUCCGAACAAGUCUGGUGGAAAUAUGCAUUGUAUGUGGCUUCGAGUUCUUUUGGAAGAUUGGGACGAGAUUGGGAGAAAAAGUUGGGGAUCUGCUUGUUUGGCGAUGAUAUAUUCAGAGUUGUGCAAGUGUACGGAUCCGAAAACAAAGCAAGCGGGUGGUCUCAUGUUCAUCCUCCAACUAUGGGGUUUGGGAGCACCUUCCUACUUUCGCUCCAAUCUGCCCUGCCAACAGUUGGGGUCCCGAUGAACCACUACGACAAUGGGCUUAUGGUGCUAGAUGGAUUGGAGCUAUCACGAGACUCACCUCUCUAGACGGGUACCGCCAACAUCUUGACCGUAUAGAAUUCAACGAGGUAACAUUCUAGCUUAUGAUUAUUUAUUUCUAAUUUAUUUGUUGAAGUUAUUUGUCUUAGCCCAUGAUUUAUUUUUACGAUUAUGAAUAAGUUUUUAUUUGUUGA